GUCACAACAUGGCCAACGUGAGAUUGAAAUUUAUUUUCAAAUGUUUAUGGGAUUUCAUUAAAUUGUACUUCAUUGGCAUUGUAACUUUAAUUAAAGAGUUAGGAGAGGGUCACAAAACAUUUGAAGAUGAUGUGAACUUAGUUGGUACAGUUGCUAUAGUGACAGGAGGCACAUCAGGCAUUGGAUAUGAGGUCACAAAGUUUCUAGUCAACAAGGGAGCACACACUAUCAUAGUCUCAAAAUGCGGUAUAGAGGGCAGUAGAGUUAUAGAUUCUAUUAAGAGGGAAAAUCCAACCGCCAAAGUAGAGCAUGUUGCUGUCGAUCUCGCUGAACCAUUGCAGAUUGCCGAUUUUGUGAAAGAUUUCAAAUCAAGGGGUCUCCGUCUACAUCUUCUUAUCAAUAAUGCUGGAAUUAUGCUUGCCCCCUAUGGUGUGAAUAGUAUGGGACUUGAGAGCCAUCUAUCUAUUAACUUUCUUGGCCAUUUUGUAUUAUCUCUGUUGCUAUUGGAUGUUUUGGUUGCAUCGGGAGAAAGAGAUUGGCCAAGUCGUAUCGUUAAUGUUUCUUCAUCGACACAUCAGAUCUCAGACGGCAAUGUUGAACAGUGGUUCAAAAGUCAAAACUACUCCUCUCAUGGUUGCUAUGCCAACUCCAAGCUAGCUGUUAUACUUGGUAGCUAUUGGCUGUCCAGGAUGAUGUCACGCUCAUCACAUGAUGUCACAAUUAGCACUCUUCAUCCAGGUGUCGUGGAUACUGAGCUUUAUAAAAAUCAACACUCAUUCCUAAGGCCAUUUUUUCUGUUGCUACGGAAAUGGAUGUUCAAGUCACCAAGACAAGGUGCUGAUACUGUUCUCUUCGCUGCUUUAUCUCCAUCCACACAACAUACUGGUAUCUGUUACUAUGACAACUGUCAAAAAGUGCCAUCUAGUGAGCAGUCGUUCAACAUUGACUUGCAGGAACAAUUAUGGAGCCUAACUUGGGAGCAUUUAUCAAUACUAAAUAAAGUGAGAGAUUCCAUAAAUCUGGACAUUUUAAAACCAUCCAUAGACUUUUCAUAG